UCAAGUGGAUUGACAAGAAAAUGAAGAUCAUUUUUUAUUUGCUGCUGAUUCUCAGAGUGGGGCGAUGCACAGAUGAUCAGAUCCUUGAAACAAAGACUGUUGGUGUUGGACAAAACGUGACUCUGACUUGUGCUCGCGACACAUCUCUCAUCCGAGAAACCUGGUUUUGGAUCAGAAUUGUUUCUGGAAACUCACCUGAAUCCUUGGGAGGAACAUAUAAUUUUAAUUAUGAUGAUAGUGAUAAGACUCUUCACAUUACAACAAAACAAGAACCUGGAACAUUUCUGCUGCAUAUUCAUGAAGCAAAGCUAAGCGAUGUCGGACUUUACUCCUGUAUAAAAGUAAACCAACUUAAUUUAACAUUUUUAAAAGGAACAUUUCUGAGUAUUGGAGAACCUGAUAUCACUUUCAUCACUCAAGACUUCCCAUCUGCUCCGGUCCGUCCAGGAGACUCAGUGACUCUGCAGUGUUCCGCCCUCUCACACUCUGAGAGGAGAACUUGUCUAGGAGAACCGAGUGUGUUCUGGUUCAGAGCCGGAUCGGAUGAAUCUCAUCCCAGUUUAAUUUAUGCCCAAAGAAGCAACAGUGCUGGAUGUGAGAAGAGUCCUGAAGCUCACUCUCCACAGAAAUGCGUCUACAGCUUCUCUAAGGACGUCACCUCCUCUGAUGUCGGCACUCAUUACUGCGCUGUGGCCACAUGUGGACAGAUAUUAUUUGGAAAUGGAACAAAACUGGACAUUGAAGCAUCUGACAUGUGGGAUUUGCAGAAGGCCAACGCAGCUCUGAUUCUGGUAUUAUUAGCUCUGGCUAUAAGUCUGAUUGUUAUUGGCUUCCUGAUUUAUACCAUCAAGAUAAAAACGUGUUGCAACGCUGCCGUUGCUCUGCAAAUAAAUGCUGCAACAGCCAGCGGUGCCCCCCAAGGUCAGCGGAGAAAUGAGGACUUUUUGGCAUAUUCUGCACCAACCUUCACCAAGAGGAAAUCUGGCAGAGCAGAAAAAAAGAAUGUAAAACCAGCGGAGAAAGAGACCAUCUACUCUGAUGUCAGGACUUUAGUGACAGAUUAACUAUCUACUGGAUUUGCUCAUAAAGUUAAUACAUAUUCUGUCUGGCACACUGUUGUAAAUAUGCUGCUUUACUUCUGAUAUUGGUUAGUCUUUUAUCUUGAUAACCUUGAAAAAUGUUUUAUGUAUUUUGAUAUUAUGUUUUAAUGGCUUUUGUUGAUAUUCUACAAAGCACCUCAUAUCUUUUAAUUCUUGUUUAGUUUUGUGCAUUGUUAAAUCUUUGACCAUUAUUUUAUUUAAUUGUAUCACUUCAAAUAGGCUGUUUGAAAGAUUGACCUUGAAAGAGUCAGAGGGUUGAAGAAUGGUUCUCUGAUGUUCAGUUUUAAGGCUUUACACUCCAAAUAUGUAUCAAUGCUAAGGUGCAUUGUUUUCUGUUAAAUAUGUUAACUAAUCAGAGCAAAAGAAAAAGCAAUUACAUUACACGCUAUCAAAGCUCUCAACAAAACUAUGUGUCUAAAUCUAUUUGGCAAAUAAAGACAAUCAUUGUAUAAGUAA